AUGGAUGCAGAAAUCGAUGUUGUGUUCGGUCAGGACAGGUCAGGACCUUCGCGUGUCCAGAGCUGGAAGCUUUUGGACGUUUGGAGUUUGGAGCUACCUGAGGUUACAAAUGCAAGCUUGAUCUCCUGGGUCUGCCUGAUCUUCUUCCCCAGCUGGCGAAAGCUUCCAUCUGCUGUGCUUCUGGGUCCGGUGAUCAAUGCCAUCUUCUACACCCUUAUAGCCGGCGCUGUUCUCAUAAGCGGAAACCAAGACGCCAAGAUCAACUUCAGUUGUCUGGAAGGCAUCCGUGCAAUGUUCGCAAACUCUGAUGCGUGUUUUGCGGGGUGGCUACACUAUUGUGUCCUUGAGCUGCAGGUUUUGCGGACUUGA